UAGCUCUGGCCUUCAACUUAUAUCAUAUCAGCUGAACAAUUGGCAGAUUCUUUUGUUGAUACAUAUUGCUGUUUUGGCCCAUUGGCCUAACUUGUAUCACUGCCAUUCCUCUUGGUUCUCGUUGGAGUCUUUACUAUCUCAUCUCAUGCAUGUAUUGAUGGAACUCGUUGUUAUAUGAAGUUCUCUGCUACAGAAGUGACACUUUCCACUGCAUCCCUUCAUAAACUAUACAAUACCUCACAUGAAACAUGAUAUACUUCAUUUAUUUAUAUUUAACGUAGUGUCCUUGCUUUGAAAUGAAGAAAAUGAUAGAAAAUUGUUCCGAUGAAGCAUGACGUGCGCCCACUUCACUUCCCUUUCCGGAGGGUUCUGGAGUAGAACACUACCUUCCUAUGGCUUCUACAUUCAUGAAACAUCCAAUCCAUAAGAUACAGAGUCCCCCUUGGCCCUUUCUCUACUAUAUAAGCCCGCCAAACCAAGAUCCCACCUUACCAAAACAAGAUCCCACCUUUUCUACUACAGCACAAGAAGCCAUGGCUUUCAGAUCAACAGGUCUUUGGAAACGCUCGCUGAAUCCUCUCAUAGGCGGCAAAAACAACACCAACACAAACACCUUCGCCACAUCAACUCUGCCCAAGAUGAAACCAUACUCCCCAGCGGCGGAUCAUCAUCAAUUCGCAAGGAAGUCGUCGUCCUCGUGGUGGCCGCCGAGGGGAGAGUACGCGCCGGUGUACGUGGCGCUGGGGUUCAUGGUGCUGUCGGCGUCGAUGGGGCUGCACACGGUGGCGCACCAGAUGUUGUACAGCCCGUCGGUGCGGGUGAGGAAGAGGCUGAGGGAGACUUUGCCGGAGGUGGCGGAGCCGGAGAAGGUGGUGGACGAGUCGACCAGGUUUUUGGGCCACUCGUGGUUCAGGAAAGUGGCCCAUGUCCAGGAGUUCAAGAGCGGGAUUCAGACCUUGCCUCGCCCUACUGCUGAGACCGGCGAUGUUUAUGCCCGCCCGCCCGCCCGCGCGCGCUGAGACACUCGAGUCCGUCGGAGUCGAUCCACGGCGGCCCUGAAUUUUUUUUUGCUCCGACGGAAACUUGAUCAAAUUAGGAGUUCUAAUGUUGUAUGUUGGUUUGUUUCCCUAAGACGCUUUACUCUGUAAAUCUACUUCUGGAGCUGAAUGUAAUUUCCAACUAGAAUCAAUGCCCGCGGCGGCUGCGCAACGCCGCGUGAACUUAAU